CAGAGGCGCCCCUCACUUCCCAGACGAUGGCUGGCCGGGCAGAGGCGCCCCUCACUUCCCAGACGAUGGGUGGCCGGGCAGAGGCGCCCCUCACUUCCCAGACGGGGCGGCCGGGCAGAGGCGCCCCUCACUUCCCAGACGGGGCCGCCCGGCCGAGGCGCCCCUCAAUUCCCAGACGGGGCGGCCGGGCCGAGGCGCCCCCUCACUUCCCAGACGGGGCGGCCGGGCCGAGGCGCCCCUCACUUCCCAGACGGGGCGGCCGGGCCGAGGCGCCCCUCACUUCCCAGACGGGGCGGCCGGGCCGAGGCGCCCCUCACUUCCCAGACGGGGCGGCCGGGCCGAGGCGUCCCUCACUUCCCAGACUGGGCCGCCCGGCCGAGGCGUCCCUCACUUCCCAGACUGGGCCGCCCGGCCGAGGCGCCCCUCCCUUCCCAGACGGGGCCGCCCGGCAGAGGCGCCCCUCCCUUCCCACACGGGGCCGCCGGGCAGAGGCGCCCCUCCCUUCCCAGACGGGGCGGCCGGGCAGAGGCGCCCCUCACUUCUUCCCAGACGGGGCGGCUGGGCAGAGGCGCUCCUCACUUCUUCCCAGACAGGGCGGCCGGGCCGAGGCGCCCCUCACUUCCCAGACGGGGCCGCCCGGCAGAGGCGCCCCUCCCUUCCCAGACGGGGCCGCCCGGCAGAGGCGCCCCUCCCUUCCCAGACGGGGCGGCCGGGCAGAGGCGCCCCUCACUUCUUCCCAGACGGGGCGGCCGGGCAGAGGCGCUCCUCACUUCUUCCCAGACGGGGCGGCCGGGCAGAGGCGCUCCUCACUUCUUCCCAGACGGGGCGGCCGGGCAGAGGCGCUCCUCACUUCUUCCCAGACGGGGUGGCGGCCGGGCAGAGGCGCUCCUCACUUCCCAGACGAUGGGUGGCUGGGCAGAGGCGCUCUUCACUUCCCAGACGAUGGGUGAGGAGCGCCUCUGCCCGUCCGCCCCAUCUGGGAAGUGAGGAGCCCCUCUGCCCAGGCACCCCGUCUGGGAAGUGAAGAGCGUCUCUGCCCGGCCACCCAUCGUCUGGGAAGUGAGGAGCGCCUCUGCCUCGCCAGCCAUCUUCUGGGAAGUGAGGAGCGCCUCUGCCCGGCCGCCCCGUCUGGGAAGUGAGGAGUGCCUCUGCCCGGCCGCCCCGUCUGGGAAGAAGUGAGGAGCCCCUCUGCCCGGCCACCCAUCGUCUGGGAAGUGAGGAGUGCCUCUGCCCGGCUGCCCCGUCUGGGAAGUGAGGGGCGCCUCUUCCCGGCCACCCAUCGUCUGGGAAGUGAGGGGCACCUCUGCCCGGCUGCCCCAUCUGGGAAGUGAGGAGCGCCUCUGCCUGGCCACCCAUCGUCUGGGAAGUGAGGAGCGCCUCUGCCCGGCCGCCCCAUCUGGGAAGUGAGGAGCGCCUCUGCCCGGCCGCCCUGUCUGGGAUAUGAGGAGCGCCUCUGUCCGGCCACCCAUCGUCUGGGAAGUGAAGAGCGCCUCUGCCCGGCCACCCAUCGUGUGGGAAGUGAGGAGCACCUAUGCCCGGCCGCCCCAUCUGGGAAGUGAGGAGCACCUCUGUCCGGCCACCCAUCAUCUGGGAAGUGAGGAGCGCCUCUGCCCGGCCGCCCCGUCUGGGAUGUGAGGAGCACCUCUGCCUGGCCACCCAUCGUCUGCGAAGUGAAGAGCGCCUCUGCCCGGCCACCCGUCGUCUGGGAAGUGAGGAGCGCCUCUGCCCGGCCACCCCGUCUGGGAAGUGAGGAGCGCCUCUGCCCGGCCGCCCCCUCUGGGAAGUGAGGAGCGCCUAUGCCCGGCCGCCCCCUCUGGGAAGUGAGGAGCGCCUCUGCCCGGCCGCCCCGUCUGGGAAGUGAGGAGCGCCUCUGCCUGACCACCCAUCGUCUGGGAAUUGAGGAGCCCCUCUGCCCGGCCACCCAUCGUCUGGGAAGUGAGGAGCGCCUCUGCUCGGCUGCCCUGUCUGGGAAGAGAGGAGCGCCUCUGCCCGGCCACCCCAUCUGGGAAGUGAGGAGCGCCUCUGCCCGGCCUCCCAUCGUCUGGGAAGUGAGGAGCGCCUCUGCCUGGCCACCCAUCGUCUGGGAAGUGAGGAGCACCUCUGCCCGGCCACCCAUCGUCUGGGAAGUGAGGAGCGCCUCUGCCCGGCUGCCCCGUUUGGGAAGUGAGGAGCGCCUCUGCCCGGCCACCCAUCGUCUGGGAAGUGAGGAGCGCCUCUGCCCGGCCAGCCCGUCUGGGAAUUGAGCGCCUCUGCCCGGCCGCCCCGUCUGGGAAUUGAGGAGCGCCUCUGCCCGGCCGCCCCAUCGUCUGGGAAGUGAGGAGCGCCUCUGCCCGGCCACCCCAUCUGGGAAUUGAGGAGCGCCUCUGCCCGGCCGCCCCGUCUGGGAAUUAAGGAGCGCCUCUGCCUCGCCACCCAUCGUCUAGGAAGGCAUCCCAUCAACAUCACAGUCCCAAGCUUCCCACACGGACAAGCUCAUGGGACCCCUUGAUGGAUCAGGACAGCGCCAGCACUAAGACGUGCCCUGAAACUCACAGGAAGAGCGGACCAAGAAGACGGGAACAGCACGGGGCACUGGGAGCUGCAAAUGCCCACGAUACUGUGAGAGAUGGAGAAAGGAGAAGGCGUGAACCAACGCGGAUGCUUCCACAUAGGGGGCACCGACCAGCAGUGGAAAGAUGCACCCAAAUGCCCCAGGUCUCCCAGGCAUGCCCGGUGAAGGAAGCUAGUUUCGGUGGGCAGAGGCCGAAGGAUGCGGCUACAUGACAUCUUGAAGACAGUGCUACCGUGUCGGGGAGCAGGACGGUGGUUUCAAGGGGCUGUGGGUGGAGGGGCGAAUGGAGGAGCUCUCUGGGGCGAUGGCGUGAGCACCUGCACCUCACUGUGGGCUGCUGCGGCUGAGAGGCUGUACAGCAAACGCUUCAUUCAGUACAUGCAGACUGAAGGAGGAAGGCUCCCACAACUCAAAGAGGGUGUCACCUCCAUGAAAGAAAAACAUAUUAAAACUCAAGAAAAAACCACAAAAAGUAUUUCAUAAGCGGAUUGACUGAGUUGACAUAAUCUACCUGGGAGCAUGGAACUGAAACCACAGGCUUGGCAAUCCCGGAGGGAGAGGGUGGAGGGUUUAGACCUCAAUUGGAGGGCUCAGUACCUGGCUAUAGGAAAUAACAUUUAAAAAGCGGCAGGGUGGAAAUAAUUUCUGCUGAUGAGGUUGCAUUUCUCCAGAUAGCCGGCAGAAUAAAUUAAAGCAAUAUAGUCUUGCUCUG